GUAACAGAAAAUCAAACGAAAGUUUUUGAUAUUGUUUCAGGAUGAGAACUGUAAGAUUUUCUCUUGGAUAAAUGCAGCAUUCCAAGAUAAAUCCAAUGAUGUGUUGAUGAGCCAUUAAUUGGAAAAGUUGCCAUGAAGUCUGGAAUCAGAAGGGAAAACGUCCUUAAAUACCGCGACAUGCUGUUGGGAUGAAAUAAUAGGACAACAAUAGCUUGAAGAUCUUUUGGGUUUUCCGCGCAACACACAAAAGUUGCCACGAGGUUGCGUGCAACUGUCGCGAAGGAGGGAAAUGAAGUGUGGUGAAUUGAAUGGAUUUAUCUUCCUUGUUAAUUGUGUAAAUUUGAUGAGAUGGUGAAGGUUGACUGGCGCUGGGUAUUCUUCAGGUGUCACCAAAUCAGUCACCCGGCACAAGAAUUUAAACUGGGCCCAGAGAGGUUCUUGAGGAGCCGCAGCAAGACAAAAAGAGGCAAUUUCUUGACACUCUUUUCAUGUUCACGGAAACAUGCGUUAAUCGCGAUGAAUGACGCCGCGGAUUAAAGCGUGAAGUGUCGACAAAUAUUUAAUGAGGCACCCAAUCCGGCAGUGCGAUCAGUGUCUCAGGUGACUCCGCGGUGAAUGAUGGUGCUUCUGGUGGCUGCUGUGGUGAUCCAUCUCUUGGGCGAGGCGGUGAGUGGUCUGCCCUACGCCAAUGAUUAUCCCUACGUGAGUUACGGAUUCGAGAAUGGCGCCCAGGGAUCAACGGCGGCCAGUGGUUUCAUACAGAAUCAGCUGUCGGACAAGGGAAACAACCUGAAGGCGGCUCAGGAUGUGUCGCAAUUCCACAACUUGGAGAACAUCUCGAAUGGACACAAUUUGAACCAUGAGAAGCAGGGAUCGAGUUCAGAUACGCUCAAGCACACGACUGGCGAGGACUUCGAGACGGACAAGAAGCACAACAGGAAGCAUGUGAAGUCGGGCUUCCACAAUACGUAUCACAAGGACGAGAGCGGCAGCAACAGCUCAUUCUACGAGGACUCGGACGACAGGGGCGGAAAGCUGGUGUACGACAAGAGGCAUGGCACUAAGGGCGAUGCCCACGAUUCGCAGUAUCGCGAGGGAUUGCGCGAUGGAAGCGUGCGAGACAAGUACGACGAUCGCUAUGGCGGAUAUGACAAUCGGGGGAUGCACAACAGACACCAUCUGCUGGCGGAGGACCAGGGAAACCGCCUCGGGCACAGGGACAAGUACGUGCGAGGACAGGCUGAGAGGUACGAGAUGGUGGAUGAUGGCUACGGCGGAAGACCCUACGCGGUGGGCGUGCGGGAGAACUACGGACACGGACUGUACAGACCGCUGGACGACAGACGACCUCUGUAUGAUGACUACGGUUCCGGUGGCCAGGCGCUGUACCCGCCACCCCUGCGGACGCAUCCCUUGUCCGCGGGGACGCUGGGCCGGCCGCGGGAGGACGGCUACUUCGCCCGUCACCGCAUCACGAUUUAUGAGGACCCCAGGGACAUGCUCGACUCCGGCGGAGUGCUGAGCUCAAGGCGUCCGGACUUUGUCAGCCUGGCCGCCGGCAGUGAAGGCGGGGCGCCCCUCAGUGCGCCCAGAUUAGAUUUCCGCCCCAGUCCAAUGCGCUUCAGGGAUCAUCUCAGCGACGAGCGCCGAGACCUGCGAUUCAGGGACUUCUAG